UCCCCAGUCGUGCACUCCACGUGACGGUGGCCGGUCGGUGAACGCUCGGCUCGGGCUCGCAGUUGUCGCACAGUCGCACAGCGGCAACGUCCGCGAUGCGUUUCCUCGUUUACAUCGCUGCCGCGCUCUCGCUUUCUAACUAUGUCUACUCGGCACGUAUUCUUGGAUUAUUCCCUCACACAGGCAAGAGUCACCAAAUGGUUUUCGAGCCUUUGCUAAAAACUCUCGCCGAGCGCGGCCACCAUGUAACUACGGUGUCUUUCUUCCCACUGAAAACACCUCCAGCUAAUUACACUGAUGUCAGCCUCGAAGGUAUCGCUCAACUAGGAGUGGAAACGAUAGACUUACAAGUAUAUGAAAACCCGCCCAGUUUCAUGAAGUAUUUGCCUGUGGACGUAGAGCGGAUGCUGAAGCAGGCAAUGGAGUUUAGUCCGCUGGCUGACAUGGCUUUAGAUGUUUGUCGGAAACUGGUGAACUGGCCAGCGUUAACGAGUGCCUUAAAACAGGAUUACGAUUUAUUGUUAGUUGAGAACUUUAACAGUGAUUGUAUGCUAGGUCUAGCCCACGUUUACGGUAUAAGAGCUCCUAUUGUAGCUCUUUUAUCAAGUGGAGUGAUGCCUUGGUCGCCAGGCCGGAUUGGUCUGGCUGAUAACCCAUCGUAUGUCCCCGUUGUUAGCACUACAUUUCUUGAUGAUAUGACGUUUAUUGAACGUCUAGAGAACACUUUAUUACAACUUUAUUUCAAGUGGUGGUAUAGAUAUGAAAUCCAGUUGAAAGAACAGGAGAUUAUUGAAAAGCAUUUCGGCAGGAAGAUAACGGAUUUGUCGGAUCUGGGGAAGAACAUAUCCCUGAUGUUGUUGAAUACUUUUCACGGUUUGAACGGCGCGAGGCCGCUCUUGCCCGGGGUGGUGGAAGUCGGCGGUAUGCAUUUAGAUGAAAAUAAGAAGACAAUACCCCUGUAUCUGGAGAAGUUCCUAAACGAGUCUUCCGAAGGCGUGGUCCUGUUCAGCUUCGGUUCUCUGAUCAAGACCGCGUCGAUACCGAAGUACAAAGAGGAGAUCAUCAUCAGCGCCCUGUCCAAGCUGAAACAGCGGGUUAUCUGGAAAUAUGAGGAUAGCGACGAAGAGGGCACCAUCAUUGGGAACAUCAUGAGAGUCAAGUGGAUACCGCAGUCGGCGUUGCUCAGGCACAGAAAAGUGUUGGCGUUUGUAGCGCACGGGGGACUGUUGGGCAUGACCGAGGCGAUAUCGGCUGGCAAGCCGAUGCUGGUCGUGCCGUUCUUCGGAGACCAGCCGCAGAACGCGGCGGCGGCGGAGGCUGCGGGGCUCGCCAAGGUCUUGUCGUACGCGGAUCUGACGGAGAAGUCCAUGCUUGAGGGGCUGCAGAAAGUGCUCAGCGCAGAAAUGCGUGUGAGCGCCCGUCGGGCUUCUCAAAUCUGGCGAGACAGGCAGAACGAGCCGCUGGACACGGCUGUGUACUGGGUGGAGAGGGUGAUCCGCUGGGGGCACCAGGCGCCCCUGCACUCGGGCGCGCGGGACCUCGCCUUCCACGAGUACGCGCUACUUGACGUCGCCGCCGCCUUGCUCGGGACCAUCCUCCUCACUAUCCUCAUCAUACAUUACACACUCUUCAAUCUCAUCCCUAAAGUAAUAAGCGCUAGUUUCGGUAAAGAGAAAAAGAAGAUUCAUUGAUGUUUGGCUGUGGUCCAGGUGACAAAGUAAAUAAUUUUCGUAAUGUAACUGUGGGUAGGUUAGUUUAGUUGACUCGUAAAAAGUUUUUAAGUAGGUUAUUCAAUAAAUGUGAGAUAUUAAAAUUUGUGAUGUCUAUGUCAAUGCGGCAGAUAGACAUGCCUAGUCCGCAUUAUAUUAUGUAAAGCGCUUCAAGAAAACUAGGCAAAAAUUAUUGAUCUACCGUCCAUCUACCGUCCGUAUCAUAUUCAAAAUAUUCAAAUGUCAAGGUCGGUUGCACCAAACCGUGUUUUUAGGAUUCCGUACCAAAAAGGUACAAUGGAACCCUUAUGGUGCGACUCUGUCCGUCUGUCACAUUCCUAAAUAUCUCGA